GGACAUGGUCAUUGCUCCUAGUCCAACUAGGAGCUUUUGAAACGGCUUUGAAGAAGCAUUUUUAUUUUAUGGCGUUUGAAUCUGAUUUAGGAGAGAUGUAAUGUAUGUUUUCUUUUUUAAGAUGCUGUGUUUGUUAUUGUAUGUGUUUGGUUUUUCUGGAAUGCAUUGUACAGCACUUUGGGCUGCUCUGAAGGCAGUAGAAAUGUGCUAUAAGAAAAUAAACUAAACCAAACUAAACCAACUAAUGGCUUUUACUCACCUCAGAUAUGGCUAGUUUUGUGUACUACAUAAAAACUAGCCUUUUAUUAAAACAAAGUAACACACUAAGUUUAGAUUUUGUUGUGUUAUGUUAAGUGACAGGCAUAACUAAAAAAAUUAAUAAAAGUGAGGCUGUCUAUUUCAGUGUAGUUAACACAUUUUUGAUAGCUGCUUGAAAUGUAGCUAACCAAUUUUUCUAAACAGUAGAUUCAGUGUAGUUCUGUACUGUGAACUGCUUUCAAUUAUGAUUAGCAUGUAGCUUGGCAAGCUACAGUUUCAGAGUAGCUUCCCCAAACUGAGGUAAACACUCCUUGUGCAGUCAGUGAUUCUCUCAAUGGUUCUUUCAUUCUUCUGUUCUUCCAUGUUUUAUUCAGUGUGGAAAAUCUUAGUUAAUUGGUCUGGAGUUGGCUUUUCAUGGCUGUUUCCUUAACAACAGGGGAAAGACCCCUUCUCCCUCCCUUUUUUUCUUUCCCAAACCCUGCCCAUUUAAGGCUGUACCACUUUUUUCCCUUUUCCUCCCUCACUCUCUUUCCAUGUCUUUCUCCCUUCUGCGUGUGAGGACUCUGUGACAGGUUUUCCUGCUGCUUGUAGCGAACGGCUGAAAGGGAGUGAACACGCGGCUGCUUGUAAUACAAACUCAAGCCGAGUCGCAUACGCUGCUGAGCAGUCAUUGGACUGAACUGUGAAGACUCUUCAGUUUGGGCUGCAACGUAUUGAUGCCGUCAGUUCUGGACUAAACUUCCCAAGAAGUCUGAUGAAGUGUGUGAUGCUGCAGGAGAACAGUUUUGAGAUUUCUAUGAGACGAAGACCCAAGAUAUUCUGAGGACACAAGGCCAUAACCAGAGUGAGAAGCUUGAUCCAUCUAAAAAAAACAGUGCACCAUGAGGAGGAACUGAUUGCUUUAUAUGGUUAGAAAACACAGGACAAAGCCAGGAUGAAUGUAAAAAGGAAGGAGAUGGAUUUCUUGAGCAACACUAUUGCUGCUUAUGCUCACAUUAAAGCCAAUCCAGAGAGUUUUGGCCUUUACUUUGUCAUCGGCGUCUGUUUUGGCCUGGUGCUCACUCUCUGCCUCCUGGUCAUCCGGAUUUCCUGCAAGCCUCGGGCCACUACGGCGCCCCCCACGCCAGAGAAAAAACAGCUGAAAGACUAUAGUGAGGAGGAGGAGGAAGACGAGGAGAGCGAUGAGGAGGAGGAGGAAGAUGCAGGAGGCCUGGACUCCUCCAUCCGGCACAGCACCACGGAGAUCCCCAUGAGCAACCAUCUCAUCACGCCGGACGGGACACUGAGCAGGAAUGUGUUCACCUCAGCCGAGGAGCUGGAGCGGGCACAGCGAUUGGAGGAAAGGGAGAGGAUCAUCAGGGAAAUCUGGAGAAACGGACAGCCGGACAUCCUGGGAACAGGGACGGGCACUAUUGGAAGAGUGCACUACUACUAACACUCCUGGGCAUUUCACUGGCUGAGUGCAGUACUUUGAAAGACUGUUAAUGGACAGCAUUUGCAAAUUUUUUUAUAUAUACUGAUGUUAUUGUAAUCCUACAGACCACGGGUACAGCUGUUCUGUAUGCAACAUUUGGACUGGGCAAGUUGCUAUCAGUCCCCAAGUCAUGGUGCUUAUUGAAAAGUCAUUUUAAAGCACAAUUUUAGACUUUGACGUCUGAAUUGAUGUUUAAAAAGUAUUUGUAUAUUGUAGGUGAUUAUUAGAAGCUCACUGAAAGCAAAUGCACUUUUGCACCAUGCCAUUUGUGUAUAGAUCUUUUACUUGAUAUUUUUGUACUCUUUUUUUAAGUCCUCUAUGUCAAAUCAUGCAGUAACUCAAGCUACAUGGCAAUAUACACAGCUGUUCAAAAGUUUGGGAUUUUUUUUUACAUUUUUUUUUUUUUAAGAAUUUAAAGAAAUGAAGACUUUUAUUCUGCAAGGAUGUGUUAAAUUAAUAAAAAGUUUUCCAUUUUGAAUAUGCUGCUCUUUUUUAACUUUUAUCAAAGAAUCCUCAAAAAAGUAUCACAAGUUCCAAUAAAAUAAGUAAAUAUUAAGCAGCACAUCUGUUUACAACAUUGAUAAUAAAUCAGAAUGAUUUCUGAAGGAUCAUGUGACACUGAAGACUGGAGUAAUGGAUGAUGGAAAUUCAGCUUUGCAUCACAGGAAUAAAUGAUAUUUUAAAGUAUAAUAAAAUAGAAAACUUGUUUUAAAUUGUAAUAAUGUUUCACAAUAUUACUGUUUUUUUUAUUUUUGAUCAAAUAAAUACAGCCUUGAUGAGCAAAAGGAUACUUCUUUAAAAAACAUUACAAAUCUUGCUGAUCCCAAACUUUUGAACAGAAAUGACCAGAACAGAAAUUAAAAUUCGAUGCAAAUGAGAGAAUUAUUUUAAUGAUUUGUCUAAAUAAAUUUUAAAAAGCUAAA